AUGACCUCCCAACUCGAAACCUUCACAAAGGCCCUAUCCCGUCUUCUAGGAUGGAUAUAUAUGCUCUGCUGGUCCGCGUCCUUCUACCCCCAGCCAAUCGACAACUACCGUCGUCGCUCAACUGUCGGUCUAGCCAUCGACUUUCCCACCGUUAAUGUCCUGGGCUUCGUCUGCUACGCUAUAUACACACUCACCUUCCUUUACUCCCCCGUGAUCCGCGGUCAAUAUGCAGCCCGGCACCCGCAGUCUGAAGAGCCGACUGUGCGGGUUAACGACUUGGCUUUUGCGGUGCAUGCCGUUGUUCUGAGUUCGUUGUUGUAUUCGCAGUUCUUUCCGAAGAUAUGGGGGUUCAAGGUUUCGAGGCAUCAGAAGGCGAGUAAGCCGGUUAAGGGUAUUUUCUGGGGGUGUUUGGUCGCUGUGGGUGUUGCUGUUGGUAUUGUUCUCCUUGCGAGUCCGGAUGGGGGGUAUGAUCCCCGCUCUUGGGCUUGGAUUGAUGUGAUGUACACCUUCUCCUACGUGAAAUUACUCAUAACAAUCGUCAAAUACGUACCCCAGGCAUGGCUUAAUUACAAACGCAAGUCCACAGACGGGUGGAGGAUCGAAAUGAUUCUAUUGGACUUCACCGGUGGCGUGCUCUCUUUCAUCCAGCUGUUGCUCGACUCGAGCUUUGCGCAGGACUGGAGCGGCGUCACAGGCAACCCCGCCAAGCUCCUGUUGUCCAACGUGUCAAUUGUUUUUGAUUUGCUGUUCAUGGUACAACAUUACGUUCUGUACAGGGACGUGGAUACGAAGAAUCGGCGGAGGGAUCCUGAUCUGAUUACUCCACUUUUGUCGGAGCCGGGUCAAUUGUCGAGGAGUGCUCAUAUUUGAUCGCUCUGUGGUCAUUACGUUUGUUUUAGAUGAAAUCUUUUGGAUCUUGAUAGACAAGUAGUUGGCCAUUGGUUACUGGUCACUCGUGCUACUUAUAGGCAGAGACAAGUCUACGAUUAUCAUUGGAGAAACGUACCUUUCCAAUCCGUGUAUGCAGGGAAAGAAUAUGGAUAGAAAUAAAGUGCGCAAGACAGACAAAGGCAACGACAGAAAACAUGACGCCCAUAGGCCUCGAAUCAACAGACCUUUUAAAUCCCACGCUGAAUCCAGUAUAAAAGCAGAAGCAGCACGUAGCAGUAGCAGUAUAUAACAAAACGAUUGAAAAUAAAACCUCAUAUCAUAACUCUUGUGUCGUUGGUAUCAUUAAACGGGGGAUGAAUCAUGGUUCAUAAAUCCAUAUGCAAAUAUACAUCGAUACCCAUCGAAGAUAACC